AUGUGGCUUCGUGUGCUCCUGCCGACUUGCGAUGCCACUUUCCGGUCUCGAGAUGAUCAGUCAAACAGCACGGAAGCAAAGACGCCCCGCGACAGUCUUGUGGCCACAUGGUUGAUUUUCCGAUACCCUUCUGUUCCCGAUGGCGUAACUCUUCGAAGUGGCUUUGUUGAAGCCAUGCCUCGCGUGGUGCCACGCCUCGGCAAAGACGUAAACUUCGAGGCCUUCUCUUCGGCGUUUGCGGAGCGUCAGGUUGUGUUUGUGCGUUCUGCAGAGCGGCAGGCAAGAAAACCUAGCGCAAGGCGACGGCGCAUCGGACUAUCGCUGCUGCGGCAAUUGUACUCGGCCUAUCCGGCCGUACUGCGCCGAGCAUUCCACCUGGAGAGUAGCGGUUCUCUACCCGCUUCUGAAGCUCCAAAGGCGUUGGACCGGCUUCUGGGUUCCACGAGAACACCGCCAGGCUCCUGGUAUGCAUCCUUCGUCCUGCAGCGGAGCCGGAAGGCGCUCUCCGAGUUCCUCACGCAGACCAUGGGACCCGCGGGAGCCCCCAAAUUCCUGGUGGAGAGGCCCCCGAGAAAUGGCGGCAGUGCUGCCAUCAAAUUACCGAAGCACUCCAAUGCGGCGUGGGUGUUCUUCGGCAGGAACCCCGGCAGUCGAAUACUGCGUGGCCGUCCCGAGCAUACGGACGCCAUCCAGCACAGCGGAACCUGGCAUGUGCAGCUGAAAGGCGAGAAGGUCUGGACACUCAAGCCGACUGACGAGCUGCGGCGGAAGGUCCCCUCUCUGAAGAGGGCGGGACGUGUGCGAGUCCGCUGCAUGGAAGGUGAUGUCCUGUGCAUCAAUACCAGGCUCUGGUGGCACAGCACGCACAUCCCGGCACGUUGCAAGCUCUCCCUGAGUGUUGCUCGUGACAUGUACCUGGAUGGCACGCGUCCCGGAGCCUGCGACAUGACCAAUGUGGAUGGUCACUAUGCAUUGAAGCCUAUUCAGAAAGGUGCCGUCAUCUUCACCGAGGACACCGCGCCGCAGCUUGAGCUCCCAAGGAGCUCUGCUUCGAACUGCGAGCUGCGGGAGAGUCAGCGAGGAAGUCUGGUGGUGGUGGCCAAGCGGGUCAUCAAGAAAGGAGAGUGGUUUUCGCUCAGCGACAGCGAUGCCGAAACUGCUCGGGCGGAGGAGCCCAGAGGAGCCAAGCGCAAGCGCUGA